AAUAUGACUAAGGGAGUUCCGAGCGUUUGUGUUCUUUCUUUUCCAUUAUUCAAUACCUUGAGAGCAUCCAUCCAUGGGUCUCUUCAAAUGGGUCAACUUCUUCACCAUCAUCAUUUUCAUUUUCUUUUUCUCUGCAACACCAGUCUUCUCAGACUUCUCUUCCACUUCAAAUGACCACUUAUCAAUCCCAAACUUUCUAGAUUUAGCUAAAGAGCCUAAAGUUUUUGACUGGAUGGUUUCUAUAAGGAGAAAAAUUCAUGAGAAUCCUGAACUGAGUUAUCAAGAAUUUGAGACUAGUAAGCUUAUAAGAACAAAAUUGGAUGAGUUGGGUGUUCAAUAUAAACAUCCAGUUGCAGUUACAGGUGUUAUUGGUUACAUAGGAACUGGUCUUCCUCCUUUUGUUGCUCUUAGAGCUGAUAUGGAUGCUCUUCUUAUUCAGGAAAUGGUGGAGUGGGAGCAUAAAAGUAAAGUACCUGGAAAGAUGCAUGCAUGUGGUCAUGAUGCUCAUGUUGCUAUGCUUCUUGGUGCUGCUAAGAUUCUCAAGGACCGUGAAAAACAUUUACAUGGAACAAUAGUUCUUGUUUUUCAACCAGCAGAAGAAGGAGGUGGUGGGGCUAAAAAAAUUUUAGAUGCUGGUGCCUUGGAAAAAGUCUCUGCCAUAUUUGGAUUGCAUGUCCUAAAUAACUUACCUCUAGGUGAAGUGGCUUCUAGGUCCGGUCCUAUAUUUGCAGGAAAUGGCUUCUUUAAAGCAGUAAUAAGCGGCAGGGGAGGCCAUGCAGCCAUUCCUCAACAUUCUAUAGACCCUAUAUUGGCAACUUCCAAUGUGAUUGUUAGCUUACAACAAAUUGUUUCUCGCGAGAUUGAUCCCCUCGACUCUCAGGUUUUGACUGUAGCAAUGAUUCAAGGAGGUGGUGCAUUCAAUGUUAUUCCAGACUCUGUCACAAUUGGUGGCACUUUCCGAGCUUUUUCAAACGAAAGCUUCACACAACUGAGACACCGCAUUGAGCAGAUUAUCACUGGACAAGCUGCUGUGCAGAGAUGCCAUGCAACAGUCAGCUUCCUUGAAGAAGAGAAGCCUUUCUUCCCUCCAACUGUAAACGAUGGUGGCUUGCAUGACUAUUUUCAAAGUGUCGCCGGGAGUUUGCUCGGUGCUGAUAAAGUUAAAGGCAUGCAACCAAUGAUGGGAUCAGAAGACUUUGCAUUCUAUCAAGAGGCUAUUCCUGGAUACAUCUUCCUCCUCGGAAUGGAAGAUGUCUCAGUUGAACGUCUUCCGUCGGGACACUCACCCUAUUUCAAAGUCAACGAAGAUGUACUUCCUUACGGCGCUGCACUUCAUGCAUCCUUGGCUUCUAGGUAUUUGCUCAAAUUGCGUCAGGAGGUACCAAUAGUAGAGGGGAAAUAUCAUGAUGAAUUAUAGCAAUGAUUGUUAUUAAAAUAGUGUGAUAUCAUUGCUGCAACCUGAAGCUAGCGGGGCAUUUGGGUUGGACACAUCUAUUGUAGGUGAAUUUGCCAUUUAAAUUCUGAUAAUUCCCUAGCCCUUUGUGUUGUAGUAAUAUUUAACUGCAGUUAUCUAGUGUUGUAAAUCUUUAGCCAUAAGUCACUCAGCUGUUAUGAGCGUGUAUGAAUUUCCACAACAUUAUCACUCCACUGUUAUAAGAUGAAAUAGAGUAAAAUGACAUAAAUCCUUAGCACUAA